AUGAGUGAGUGGAUUCGUACGCCGUUGAUUCUCGCCAGCAGCCAGGCGGAGGGGUAUGAAGCUGCGAAGCUGCUGCUCAUUUUCUUUCUUCGUGCCUCUCUCUCCCUCGUCCCCCUCGCCCCCUUUGUCUUCUCUAUCCCCGCUCUGUGUGGAGUGGACUCCAAGGGUCGCACGCCGUUGAUUCUCGCCAGCAGCCGGGCGGAGGGGUGCGAAGCUGCUGCUCAUAUUCUUCGUGCCUCUUUCCUCCCUCGUCCUCCCUCGUCCUCCCUCGUCCUCCCUCGUCCUCCCUCGUCCUCCCUCGUCCUCCCUCCUCCCUCGUCCUCCCUCCUCCCUCGUCCUCCCUCCUCCCUCGUCCUCCCUCGUCCUCCCUCGUCCUCCCUCGUCCUCCCUCCUCCCUCGUCCUCCCUCGUCCUCCCUCGUCCUCCCUCCUCCCUCGUCCUCCCUCCUCCCUCGUCCUCCCUCCUCCCUCGUCCUCCCUCGUCCUCCCUCGUCCUCCCUCGUCCUCCCUCGUCCUCCCUCCUCCCUCGUCCUCCCUCCUCCCUCGUCCUCCCUCCUCCCUCGUCCUCCCUCGUCCUCCCUCCUCCCUCGUCCUCCCUCGUCCUCCCUCCUCCCUCGUCCUCCCUCGUCCUCCCUCCUCCCUCGUCCUCCCUCGUCCCCCUGCAUUCCUCCACCCAGUGUGUGGACUCCAAGGGUCGCACGCCUGUGUGGAGUGGACUCCAAGGGUCGCACGCCGUUGAUUCUCGCCAGCAGCCGGGCGGAGGGGUGCGAAGCUGCUGCUCAUAUUCUUCGUGCCUCUUUCCUCCCUCGUCCUCCCUCGUCCUCCCUCGUCCUCCCUCGUCCUCCCUCGUCCUCCCUCGUCCUCCCUCCUCCCUCGUCCUCCCUCCUCCCUCGUCCUCCCUCCUCCCUCGUCCUCCCUCGUCCUCCCUCGUCCUCCCUCGUCCUCCCUCCUCCCUCGUCCUCCCUCGUCCUCCCUCGUCCUCCCUCCUCCCUCGUCCUCCCUCCUCCCUCGUCCUCCCUCGUCCUCCCUCGUCCUCCCUCGUCCUCCCUCCUCCCUCGUCCUCCCUCCUCCCUCGUCCUCCCUCCUCCCUCGUCCUCCCUCCUCCCUCGUCCUCCCUCGUCCUCCCUCCUCCCUCGCCCUCCCUCGUCCUCCCUCCUCCCUCGUCCUCCCUCGUCCCCCUGCAUUCCUCCACCCAGUGUGUGGACUCCGGGGGUCGCACGCCCUUGAUUCUCGCCAGCAGCCGGGCGGAGGGGGGUCGCACGCCCUUGAUUCUCGCCAGCAGCCGGGCGGAGGGGUAUGAGGCGGCGAAGCUGCUGCUGCAGAUGGGCGCCCAUCUGCACGCCUACUGCAAAGGUCCGGGAGGGGGCACAGCCAUUCACCAUGCCGCUCGCAAGCAGCUCGAUGCCACAGUGAAGCUUCUGCUAGACCAUGGAGCGGACCCCCUUCUCCCCAACGACGAACGCAAGAGCGCUCUGGACCUGGCCCGAGAGCGAAACGCCACUGCUGUCGUCCGACUUAUCGAGAGCCGGGUGGCAUUGUUCGAGGGCUAUGUACGCCAGCAGACCCUUUCAGCGCCGUCGCUUGUGAAAGCGUUUAUACCGCAAUGGGUGUACCGGAGAAUCUGGGUGGCAGUGCUUCCUGGGCCCACCAUGAGUGACGGACGCCAGACAUUUCGCCUCGCUCUCUACCCAUCCAUGGCUUUUGGAGCGCCCUAUUUCGACAUAGCUCUACACGUGUGCCGCAUUCACAUGACCAAGCUGGACUCUGCCAACCCUGUACUCGUUAUAGAGGACCCCGUUCAUGCGGAGAAGGGCAAGUGGAAGUUUGUGAGCGACAAGGAUUCACCCGACCCCUCUCAGAUAUUCCGCCUGCACGACGCCUGCCGGGGAACGCCACGGUUCUUCUUUCCCCUCUCACUCUUCCCUCCUUCUCGCUCUUCCCUCCCUUUCGCUCUUCCUUCACUCUCACUCUUCCCUCCCUCUCACUCUUCCCUCCUUUCUCAAUCUUCCCUCCUUUCUCACUCCCUCCUCUCCACUUUCAGUUCUCCUCUCCCUUCUCAGAUAUUCCGCCUGCACGACGUGUGCCGGGGAAUGGCACGGGUGACUUCUUUCUUCCCUCUCUCCCCUCCCUCCUCUCUCCGCUCUCAUCCUCUCUCUCCUCCCUCCUCUCUCCGCUCUCAUCCUCUCUCUCCUCCCUCCUCUCCCUGCUCGCAUCCUCUCUCCCCUCCCUCCUCUCUCCACCCUCACUCCCUCUCGCCUCUCACUCCUUUCUCGCCUCUCUCUCCUCUCUUUCCUCUCACUCCUCUUCCUAUCCCUCCAUCUCCUCUCAUUUCUCUGCUCUCUCUUUCUUCUCUCCUUUCUCACCCUUCUCUCCCCUGCCCUCCUAACGCUCGCACUCAGUCAGCCAAUCAGCAUCCGGCACCUCAGCAUGUGGCAUCCUCUCCCCACAUCCCACAAUCACAUGCACGACCACCAGCAACCCAGCUCCCAGCGUCUCGGUCUCACACUGCCCCCUCCUCCAUUCACCAUCCCCCCCCACCACAGAUGUACCCCCAACCUCCUGCCGUUCCUGCUGUUUCCCCUUUUGCUGCUUCUGCUUCUGCUGCUGCUUAUGAUGCAUAUGCUGCGGCCUAUUACACACAGCAGCAGGCACAGCAGCAGCAGCAGGCAUGGCAGCAGUAUCAGCAGCAGCAACAGCAGCAGCAGCAGCAGCAGCAGCAGCAGCAGCAGCAGCAGCAGCAGCAGCAGCAGCAGCAGCAGCAGCAGCAGCAGCAGCAGCAGCAGCAGCAGCAGCAGCAGCAGCUGGCAUGGCAGCAGCAGCAGCAGCAGCAGCAGCAGCAGCAGGGGGGGUGUUCUGGAGCAGCAGUGGGAGCAGGAGGGAUGGCGUCAGGAUCAUCUGACUCCAGGGAUGUGGUGAACGUGCACGCGUGGCAGGAUGACGUGGACGAGGACACGGCGUUCCAGCUGGCGCUCUCUGAGUCGAUGCACACUGCCAGCACUGCCAGCUCUGCCCGAGCCGAUGCCCCUGGUGCUUCUGGUGCCGCUGCUGCUGCUCAGGGCAUGAGCAGAGGGGAGGAGGGAGCAUACGGGUUUAUUCUCACCCGCUCUUCCUCCGAGCCUCAGUCCAGAUCCGGGCGCUCUCUCUCCUCAUCUUCCUCUUCCGCUGCUGGUGUUGGUGCUGCUGCCUCUGAUGCAUUCACUGCUUCCCAUCGCUCCUCGAGGUCCGUUUCAGCCUCUGCUGACCGGCACCCGUUUGCCCCACCUGCUGCCCCCAUCCCCUCUUCCUCUGCUGCCGCUGGCGCUUCUUCUGGCGCUGCUGCUGGUCCUGCUGCUGGCUCUGGUUCUGGCCACGCAUCCAGCUCAGCAGCCAGCUCAGCCGGUACAGCUGGCACUGCUGCUGCAGCAGGCGUGGAAGGGGGUAGAAUGCGCGACGAGAUUGCGAAUCAGUUCUCCUCUGUGGCACCGGCGUUCAACCGAGCAGCAGCAGCCGUGUCGUCGCUCUUUGCUUCCGGCCCACCGUCAGCACCCCCUGCGGAUGGUCCUGCUUCCACAGCAGGGGCAUCAGUGGGAGCAGGGAGUUUGCCAGGAGCACCCGUUCAACCACCUAUCACCCAUCAGCACCCACCUGUUUCCAUGAACCCUCAGGUGCAACCACCCAGCUCCCAUCCCCAUACACCUGCCAACGUCCCAUCCCCUGCUGCCGCGGCUGUAGCUUUUCCUGGUGCGUCGUUUUCGUCAGUAGGCGGCUCAUCUGCCGGGCUUCCUUCGCCAGCUCCUAUUCGAGAAGUGGUGAAGAUCUUCCAUGUUUAG